AUGCGCCUCAACGUGUCGUCCAUGCUCGAGCGCCUCCAGGACCAGACUGCCUCAGACAACCUCUACCUCCAGCAAUGCCUGGACGAAUACGGCGAUGCCGUCCUGGAAGAGGACGAGUUCCACGAAACCAACAACCCCAUCAUGGACAAGACCCUUCUUGACGCUGGCGCCGAAGGAUUCCGUGUGUUAACAAACUUUACACCGGAGGAAUUCGAGGUCAUCUGGGGGAAUGCUGAAUCUACUAUGACAUCACGUUGGAAUGACGGUCGUGGUCGGAAGUCCGCAACAAGUGCCAAAGACCCGUUCUUUGUUACUUUAACGGUAAUGAAACACUACCAAACCUGGGAAAAGCACGCUGUGGACUUCGGCCUGAAGGCACCAACCUUGGAGAAACUCGUCGUGAUGGAUGUCGGCGUGUGCUCGAAGCUCCUGUACACCUGUUUCAUGUCUCUGCCCCGCAUGACGUCGCUGCGCUCCAAGGACAAGGUGUUCACUCACUGCCCCUAUGCACUGUAUGCGACGGACGUCAAGUUCCAGCCGGCCCAUCGUCCCUCCAGCCGCUUCGGUGAACAAAAGCACUCUGUACGGCUUUAA